CUUUGAACAAUGUUACCACGGAAACCAUAAGAGCAUCUGUCAAAUGUAAAUAUUAUAACAAAGAUAAUCUGAAGAGGUGGCUCGCAGAAAUUGACUGAAAUGGAGAAACUUCACCUGGAAGAGAAGGCAUCACUGGAAGAGAACCAAACCUGCACAAACCCAGGCGGCCAUGAUGAUAAAGUCUCAGUUGGUCCCAGCGAUGGACAGCAGGUUCAGCCCACCCAGAGGCUGCAGAACAAACACCGUUGUGACAAGUGUCUGAAAUAUUUCAGAUGGAAGACGUAUCUGAAAAUUCAUCAACACAUUCACACUGGAGAGAAGCCUUAUAGCUGCAGUCAGUGUGAGAAGAGAUUCAAACGUUCCUCAAAUCUGAAGACUCAUCAGCGAAUCCACACUGGAGAGAAGCGUUAUCUCUGUGACCAGUGUGGAAAGGCUUUUAUUCAGAAGAGUAAUUUUAACAGCCAUCAGCGAAUCCACACUGGUGAAAAGCCUUAUAGCUGCAGUCAGUGUGAGAAGAGAUUCAAAGAUUGCUCAGGGCUGCUGUAUCAUAAGCAUAUCCACACUGGUGAAAAGCCUUUCAGAUGUGAUCAGUGUAAGAAGACAUUCAAAAGUUCCUCACAUCUUAAGAGUCAUCAGCGAAUCCACGCUGGUGAAAAGCCUUAUAGCUGCAGUCAGUGUGAGAAGAGAUUCCGAGAUUCCUCAGGACUGAAGACUCAUCUGCGAAUCUACACUGGUGAAAAGCCUUAUAGCUGCAGUCAGUGUGAGAAGAGAUUCAGAUUUGCUUCAGGACUGAAGACUCAUCUGCGAAUCCACACUGGUGAAAAGCCUUAUAGAUGUGACCAGUGUCAGAAGACAUUCAAAAGUUUCUCACAUCUUAAGAGUCAUCAGCGAAUCCACACUGGUGAAAAGCCUUAUAGCUGCAGUCAGUGUGAGAAGAGAUUCAGAUUUGCUUCAGGACUGAAGACUCAUCUGCGAAUCCACACUGGUGAAAAGCCUUAUAGCUGUAGUCAGUGUGAGAAGAGAUUCAGAUUUGCUUCAGGACUGAAGACUCAUCUGCGAACCCACACUGGUGAAAAGCCUUAUAGAUGUGACCAGUGUGAGAAGACAUUCAAACAUUCCUCAGGGCUGAAGCGUCAUCAGAAAAUCCACACUGGAGAAAAAACCUGAUCCACACAAGACAGCAGCAACAUCUGGAAUGUGAGGGAACUUCUUUCUCUCCUCCUGUCUUCUAUCACUAUGGCGACAACAGCCGGUGCUGUCAGUAACAUUUAUAUCAAUAAUAAUAACAAGCAUGCAAAUAAA